CACCUGUAACACUGUACAGUCCUUGGGCUGGAGCUGGUGGCGGUGAACACUCUUGCUGGGGCUGUUGCUGUAUUGUCUGCAUUUUGCCGAUAUUUUACAUAUAUUUUAACAUGUCUCUCGAUAAAACACAUAUUAAAGAGGAAGGCCAUGAUGUUAAAAGGGGGAGAGCCAGUCGAAGGUCAAGGAAUGGUAAAGUCUCUGAAAGAAUUAAUUAUGAAGAAAAAUUAAAGGACCAUGAAAUUAAAACUGAGGAUGAGGAAGUGAAGGAAACGAACGGUAGGAAACGUGAAAAGGCAGUGACAGAAAGUGGAAGUAAAGAGGUGAAUAGAAAGAGGACAAGGAGAAAGACCAAAUCUAAAGAAGAAGAAACAAAGGAAGAUAUAAAUGAUGAGCCACAAAUAAAGAAGAAAAAGAAAAACAACAAAAUUACCAGUGUUGACAAAGGUAAUGAAAGAAAAGAAAAAGUCAAGGACAUUGAAAACAAAAGAAAAGGUACCAAACAAAAACACACAGGUGAUGGUGAAAUAACAAAUGAGGAAACAAAACCUAAUAUAGAAGAUGAAUUGAAACAGGAACCAGUAAAAAAAAAUCCUCCAAAAAAGAAGCAGGCAAAGGAAAAGGAUGACCCCGUUGCACGUCCUAUUAAGUAUGAAAGCUUAGGGGACGGCCCUGCACCAAUACCAUCAACAGGACUCAAGUACAUGGGCUGUCAUGUUUCUGGUGCAGGUGGAAUUUGGAAUGCCUUUGAAAAUGCAGAAAAGUGCAAGGCCAAAUCUUUUGCUCUCUUUUUACGUAAUCAGCGACAGUGGGUGGCAAAACCUUUGGAUAAUGCAACUAUCAAGAAAUGGCAUGAAGCAAGCCAGAAUUUUCCUGUUCAUCUGAUAUUGCCACAUGGAUCGUACAUCAUGAACCUCGGCUCUCCAGUACCCGAGAUCCUGAAGAAAAGUAGAGAUAUGUUACUUGAGGAGCUACAACGCUGUGAGAAGUUGGGGAUCCCACACUACAACUUUCAUCCUGGAUCUACUGUGGGAAAGAUCAGCAGAGAGGAAUGCUGCAGGUGCAUUGCUGAGAGUAUAAAUCUUGCCCAUGAUCAAACCAAAGAUGUUAUCUGUGUCUUGGAAAAUAUGAGCUGCCAGGGAUUUACCAUUGGUGGAGAUCUUCACGAACUACGCCUCAUUAUUGAGCAUGUGAAAGAUAGAUCGCGGGUUGGAGUUUGCCUUGACACCUGUCAUGCACAUGCUGCAGGUUAUGAUCUCUCUACAGAAGAUGGACUUAAUAAAUUUUUGGAUGAUUUUGGUAAAAUCAUUGGGUGGCAGUUUCUUCGAGGGAUACAUAUGAAUGAUUCCAAAGGUGAGUCUGGAGAUCAUAAGGACCGCCAUGAAAACAUUGGUCGAGGAAAAAUUGGAAUUGCAGGAUUUCAGCGAAUCAUGAAUUGUGAACACUUCAAUGAUGUUCCCUUAAUCUUAGAAACUCCCUGGACCAGCAAUGAAGGCUAUGGUAAGGAAAUUAGCAAGUUGGAAGGACUGAUCAAGAAGUAGUUUGACUACAUGAAGAACAAGAGUUUUAUAUACUUUUGCACAUUCCAUUUCUUGUUCCUUCCAUUUUGUUAACCUUAGGUAUUUCCCUCAGACAUCUUGUUUGUAUCAUUAAUUUUAGAGCCUUAUGCCAAACUUACAGCCCGGUUUCACUGUUAAUAUGUCAAGUUAUGAAGGAUUAUCAUAUCUCUCAAUUUCCUCUUCACCUCCAAGAAUAUGUUCCUACCUUACAUGAUGCAUUUAAACUCCCAUCCACAUUCCUUCUAUGUACGGAAAUUGUUUGUUCACUUUAUACUGUACAGUACUUCUCCACAUUUUACCAAAUUUCAGUAAUGUAGAUACCAAAAGACUGUGGUUAUUACAUAUAAAAACAUUACUAGAAUCUUAAAACAUGUAUUGAAUUGAGUUUUGUAAUGUAUAUUUAGUUCCUAUUGUGAGGCAGUAAAUGGAUUAACUAAAUAUAUAUUUUUUAUAAUCACCGUUCCUCUGAACAGUGUGUUUAUUAGUUUAUUAUUUCUGAUCAAGCAGGAGGGUGAAAGAAAACCUCCACCAUGUGUUUCAAUAUCUCCCUUCAACUGGCUCAGUUCUUAUAUAAGUACGAUAUCUUAUUCUCUAUUAAUGUGGUCUUUGUCCAUACUUUAUACAGAUUCAUAUACAGUAUCAAGCAUAGUGCUACAGAACUACUGUAGUAUACUGAGGAUAUGUGGUAAAAAAAAAUAUGGAUAGAAAAUUACUCUUGGAAAUUUUCAAUUGCUUUUGCAAUGUCAAUUAUUCACUGCCUAUGAUAUUUCACUGGCUUUUUUUUUUCCCCUGGGUGUACUCGAGUAGUUAAACACAUUAACCCUCUCGUGCACACCAAAAUUUAUAGGUUUACACGGCAAUGACAAAAGUCAUAUGGGACCACUCGUGAGGUCUGAUCAUCAUUGUUCUGUGGCCAAUUUAUCCCACGGGAUUUCUUUUUUUUUUUUAAUUUUUGUAUGAUUUAUACAUCAUUGGUUUUGUUAUUGUUUUGACUUUAACAUAAGCAGAAAAAAUAAGACAAUAAGACUACUGUACACUUAUCGUCCUGUAUUCAUGAGGGUUACGUUCUUGGAAAUCAUCAUGAAUCCACAAAUACUGAAUUUGCUACUUUAUGGAAAAAAUAGAGUUUGGUACAGUUGCGGAAAUGUGUCUCCAAACGGUAAGGUCAUUUGUAAUAUUGGUCAUGUAACGACAAACGUGAUUGGUGGAUCGGUUUGCAAUAGGUUGGCCGUAUGUAGACAUGAGCUACCACGGGGUGUAGGAACACUUUUCCACAACUUUACCGUGGCUACCAAGAUUUAUCAUUUUUUUCAUAAUAUUCUGUUUCAGAGAUGGUGUUGAUGUUUAUAUGGAGAGUUUUUGUAAUACAAAUUAAUAAUUUUAACAAAAACAAUAGGUUUUUUUGCCUCUUCAAGUUUUCAGUAUGUAAAAAAAAAAGUAACAUAUUACUCAGGAUAUUUUAAUCUAACCUAGUAAAACCGUUUUCUUUAAUACAGAGCAAAAGAAUAAAAAUUUUGAUACUCUAAUGUGGCUAAGAAAUUAAGAGAACAUAAUAAAAAACUAUUAAAUAAGAAAAAUGAAGUGCAUGGGUGUGUAUGUGUGGAGGCAGUGAGCUGUAACGGCUUCACUGACUCGCCAUCCACCCAUGCUCCAUCACUCCGAUGUGACGUCACAGUGUACACAUACACAUCUCAGAGUCAUCUGGUUGACUGCCUGGCUGAACUGUGUGUUAUCACCCAGAGGUCGGCUUGAAUGUGGAAGGAACUAUUUUUUUUUGCAUAAAAUACUAUAUGUGCAAUUGUAUUUUAUGAUAUGCUAUGAAUAAAUUUUAUUGUUUA